CGGACGCGACGGGACGAAUUUUAACCGGCGCGUCGCAGAACUAAAAAAAAACAUAUCCCGCGCCAGAAUUUCUCUCCCCUUCGGGCCACUUUAUAUACGAAACGAGCACUGCCCGGUCUGUACAGAGGAAACGUACGAACUUUUUUGAGUGAAGUGCAAUUAUCUCGACGCACCAACCGUGUGUCAAUAUUUUUUUUGUUGCGAGUGUAAAUUUAACGGCGCCGACCGGAGCACUUAAAUUUUCCGUCUCCGUGCGAUAAAUACUAUUUUUUUAAUAUCUGUUUCAUUCUCUCGGCGCCGACCCGUGUUUGUGUUUGUGUGUGGAUAAACCUCUUUCGUGAUUUCGCAGACCCGUCUCGGCGUAAGAGCUUUUAAAAAAGUCAGCCUGUUCCGAAAAGAGGCGGCGGAGGCGGCAGCCGCGAUGACUCUGAGCUGAGAGGGCGCGGCGGCGGGGGCGGAGGAGGCGGCGGAGGCGGGAGCGGCGGCCGGGCCUCCGGGGGCGGCCGCAGCCGCGACGACCCGCGGCGCCACACGCUGUCCGGCACGGCGGACCACCACCAGCACCAGCAGCACCACCAGCACCACCAGCACCAGGCCAUGGCCGGCCGCGCCAUGGACCUCGAGAUGAGUUCAAAGUCACAAAGGCGGAAGUCUCCGCUGCCGCGCGGGUACCCGCCGCUGCCGUCGGCCAUGCUGUUCGACGACGACCCGGGCAUCAUGUCGGAGGUGGAGACCAGCUCGACGGGGUUCCGACGAGGCGGCAAGCAGCGCUCCAGCUUGCCCGUGGUUCGCACCCCGUCCAAGACCCUGGAGCGGCCUCUAGGUAAGGGCGGCGGCGCAGUGGCGGGCCCCCCGCUGUUCGCAUACCCGUACCCCGCCAUGGUGCCGCACGUGGUGUACCAGCCGGUGCUGCCCAGGCCGCAGCACCACCACCACCGCGGCCACCAGCAGCCCGCACAGGCCGCCACCACUGGCGGGCUGGUGUUCCUCCAGUACCGCAGCGAGACCAAGCGUGCGCUGCUGCCCAACGAGAUCACGUCGCUGGACACGGUGAAGGCGCUGUUUGUACGCUCCUUUCCCAAACAGCUCACCAUGGAGUACCUCGACUCGCCCAUGGUCAAGAUCUACAUUCACGACUCCUCCAAGGACAUGUUCUACGAGCUCGAGGACCUUAGGUCCCACCUGCGAGAGAUCCGCGACCGGUCGGUGCUGCGGCUGUUCGAGGCGGCCGACGUGAACGGGGGCGUGCUGCCCGGUGCGGGGGUGGGCCUGGCCCCGCCCCCGCCGCCCUCCGCCUGGGACCAGGACCAGUCCUACUUCAGCGAGCCCGAGUUCGACUCCGACUACCACCACCAGCACAUCCACAAGAGCAAGGUAGGCACUCAACAAGUGUCUCCACCCCAGAGCAGGCUUCACUCAUACCCUGGUCCCGGUGGCUACUAGGGCCGAGGUCUUCGAGCAGUCACAGCGUGUCAACACCAGAGAUAAUCUACAGUGUUGCUAUGAAAAGUGCUGUCUAGUCUGUUACAUACUGCUUCAAAACUGGAUUGUGUAGGACAAUUUCAAAAGGUUUUGACUGGGCUUUUGAAAUGUGAUUAUAUCAAGGUAAGUACUGGAGUAAGAUAAUGUGAUUGUGACCUAUAGGUACUGUAGCGGUGUGUGAGCGAACUUUGAAAAGUGUAGGCAGCUCGGGAGAUAAGGUGGGAAUCCUGAUUGCCUCAAGAUGGGUCUCCGCCUUGGGGGUAUAAGUUGGUGUUAAAGCGGCCACUGGAGAUAUUACGUGGCAGUGGCCAUUGGAGCGUAGGUAUUUUGAGAUAUGUGAUGGGGCACAAUUGUCAAGGCAGCCUUUGGAUUGCAUGAUCACAUCAAGGUCACCUUUCUCACAAGUGAUCAUUUCAGAAGCCUUCAAGGUCAGGGUGACCAUUGGAGCAUGAGUGCAUUACAGUCCCAUUUGUGCCACAAACACCAGACAUUGAGCAGUACGAUUGUG